GUGAAGGCUUCAUAGAGACCAGUCGCAAAUAUGGCGUCGGUUGAUUAUGUUUCGGAGGUUGAGAUACAGCAAGAUAUACAAGAAAUUGAAAUAGAGACUAUACCGGUGGAAAUACCUUGUGAAACUGUGGAAACCACUAUCGAGUGCGUGGAAGGGCAACCCAUGAUCUCUUUACAAGGAAUAACAGACCAUGAAAGGGAAGAAAUUAUACUUCAAACACAAGAAGAAAUUGUUGGAGCAGUUGAUCCACUCGCCGUGUACGAACAGAUACCCGUACCUGAAACUGAACUGUAUGUGGAAGCAAGUCCUGGUCCAUCGAAAAAGCAGCGGAAACCUAAAAAGACUCCAAGAUUCAGAGGAGGUGAUCAGUGUUUCUCGGACAUAACGGAGACAAAGACAAGGAAAUGGGAACAAAAACAAGUUCAAAUUAGGACUUUAGAGGGUGAAUUUUCUGUUACAAUGUGGGCUUCAGGUACAGAUGAUGAUGAAGCGAGUAAUCCUGACCCAGAUCCAGACUAUGAAGACUACAUGACAGAUAGGAAAAUUCCUCAAGAGGCAAUCCCAGGCUUAGACUUAAGUGACCCAAAACAAUUAGCUGAAUUCGCUAGACCAGGCCAUAAAAUGAAAAUGAAAAAACCUACAGAUGGGUUGGAACGAACAAUAGCUUGCCCACACAAAGGUUGUACCAAAAUGUUUAGGGAUAAUUCAGCUAUGAGGAAACAUCUACACACCCAUGGUCCCCGGGUACAUGUCUGUGCUGAAUGUGGUAAAGCCUUUGUUGAAAGCUCCAAACUGAAAAGGCAUCAGCUUGUUCACACAGGAGAAAAACCUUUUCAAUGCACAUUUGAAGGUUGUGGGAAAAGGUUUUCUCUUGAUUUCAAUCUACGAACACAUGUUCGGAUACACACAGGCGAUCGACCUUAUGUUUGCCCUUUCGAUGGUUGUACUAAGAAAUUCGCCCAGUCCACAAACCUUAAAUCACAUAUCCUUACGCAUGCCAAAGCUAAACCGCGGGCACCCAUGCGGAAUGUACCUGUAAUGGCAGAAGAACCCCACCACCACUUUGUCAAAGUAGAAAUGGCUGAAGAUCAGCAGUUCAUUGUCUAUGCAGAUUAGUUGAAGAGGCACAUCACAACUUGGGUACUCCUCUUCCUGAGAAAUUGUAUUAAUAGCGAUUAUUUUUAUUGUUAUGUAAUUUCCUGUGGAAAAAAAAUUCCAUUUAUAAGAACUUUGUAUCUGAGAAUUUUUUUCAGAACUGUUCGUGUACAUAUCUAAGGCAGUUCUUAUUUUUACAUGAUUUGUGCAGCAUAACAUUUAAUAUGUGGCAUUAUUGAUAUAAUUAAUUAUGAAAUGCAUUGUACAUAAAAUUUUGGGAUCAAUUCAAUUAAUGGAAAUAUUAUUGGAUAUGAUUGCCAACCUUGUAGAUAAGCGUGUAUGAGGAAUGCAUGUCAUGAAUGUUUAAAUGCAUUGAGGCUACCGGUACCAAUGUAGCAUGAUAAUGUUGUUAC